AUGGCCGUAUCAACUCGCGAGAGGCAUGAUCUCUAUGCCCUUCGCACCUCAUCCCCGCCACCUCUCGACCUGUCGAUUCUGUUAGGGCAGCCAGGCCGUGAACCUUUAUCUGACUGGUACAUUGGACAACCACAGUCGAGAAGGGUGAACCCUGCUCAAGAUGCGUUCGAGGGUGCGGUACUCAUCCUCCGGAAGGAGCUCACCCACGAUGAACAGAAGCUUCUUCAAUUGCAGGGCAAGACAUCUAUGCAAGAUGUCCAGAAUGCAGUCAAAGACGCGAUGGAUGAAUACGAGGCGAAAGUCAAGGCUUCCAAGCUGAGGGGCUGGCUUGCGAGUUGCUCAUCCAGGAUCCUGUACUACGGGAGCACCUCUCUCUCAGCCGUGUUUGAUGUAUUCGUCCAGCAUCAUCCUGAAUACGUUUCCCUGGCCUGGGGCGCGAUGAAGUUUCUAUUUAUUGCCGUUCUUAAUCAUGAGGAGCUCCUCACGGAAAUUUCCAAAGCAGUCAGCAAGAUUGCAGACGUCUUGCCUCGGACAGAGUUGCAUUCCGUCUUGUACCCGACGCAGCGCAUGCAAGAUUCCGUCGCCAUGGUAUAUGCCAAAAUCUUAGAGUUCUUCGUCAUGGCUGUCCGGUGGUACAAGAAGGGCAAGGUGAUGCAUUCGCUUUCGUCCAUUACUAAACCAUUCAGCCUGAGCUUCAAACCCGUCAUUGAAGAAAUUACAGAAAGAUCAAGAAGAGUGGAUGAACUAGCCAGCGCAGCAUCCAAAGCCGAGAUAAGGGACCUUCACAUCCGGAUUCAUCGUUUGGAUAAGACACUCGUGCAGGUAACUGAAAUGAUGGCUGUGCAACAGCAGCAACAAGUCCUAUACAACGAAUCGUUGCUCGGGGUUCAAUACGAAUACAAGCAGCUCUUUCGAAAAGGCCAGGUCGAAGACAUUCGCAACUAUCUUCUUUUAGAGGAUGCUCCAGAAUCGGACGAGAGCCUGGCCUACUGUAGAUCCAUGCGGAACCGGAGGAGGCGCACCAUGCCGACCCAGAUACCAGUCUCAGCGCUUGAGACACUUGAGUCAUGGGUGUCUGAUCCCUCGUCUUCCCUUCUCUUGGCUCAAGGCCAAGGCAUUCGCUCAAGCUCACUUGACUUUGCUGCUGAUUUCCUCGAUGCCGUCCUGGAUAAAGAUUACCCUGUCUUGUGGGCCCUCCCGUCUGCAUCAGAAGAAGAACCCUUGAAGCCGUCGGUAUCUGGCAUCCUGCGAUCGCUCAUAUCCCAAGCUCUGGCUCUGGACCCCAGUAUUGUCAGCGAGGGGGUGAAUCCUGUCAACAUGAAGCACUUCAAGGCGUGCAAAGGGGUCCAGCAGUGGUUCGCAAUCUUCGAACGAUGUAUCACAAGGCUUCCGCGCUUGUUUCUCGUGGUUGACAUGGGUCUAAUCGAGUUGGCCACAAGCCAUGAGGAAGAAGAGCACGAGUUUUUCGAGGUUGACCACUUCGUCGAGUUCCUCGCGGAAAUGAUAAGCCGUCGAGUGAAAGGGGGGUUGAAAAUUGCCGUUUUAUCCUGGAGAUUUGCCGUAUCGACUUCGCUCGAUGCAGAUGAAGUGUUUGAUCAGAGACGCAUCUAUACGGAUCAAGGGCGCCGAGCUGAAAGAAUGAUGAGGAAGCCAAAAUAUCGCGCCAUGCUCAAGAGGAGGAACCAAAGAUUUGUUGAGAGAUUUAGCUCUUCGGUCACUAUUUCUAGUCAAUGA